CGGGUGCCGGGUGCCUACAGCCCCCAUCAGCUUCCCCGGGGAGAUUCUGCCGAUUUGUCACGAGCCAUGCUCAGGAGGCAGCUCGUCUGGUGGCACCUGCUGGCUUUGCUUUUCCUCCCAUUUUGCCUGUGUCAAGAUGAAUACAUGGAGGUGAGCAGAAGAGCUAAUAAAGCGGUGGCCAGGAUAGUCCAGAGCCACCAGCAGACUGGCCGUAGCGGCUCCAGGAGGGAGAAAGUGAGAGAGCAGAGCCAUGCUAAAACGGGGACUGUGGAUAAUAACACUUCUACAGACCUAAAAUCCCUGAGACCAGAUGAGCUUCCGCACCCUGAGGUAGAGGACCUAGCCCAGAUCAACCCAUUCUGGGGCCAGUCUCCACAAGCUGGAGGACUGCCCCCAGACUGCAGCAAGUGUUGCCAUGGAGAUUAUGGAUUCCGUGGUUACCAAGGGCCCCCUGGACCCCCAGGUCCUCCUGGCAUUCCAGGAAACCAUGGAAACAAUGGAAAUAACGGAGCCACUGGCCACGAAGGGGCCAAGGGUGAGAAAGGAGACAAAGGCGACCUGGGGCCUCGAGGGGAACGGGGGCAGCAUGGCCCCAAAGGAGAGAAGGGAUACCCAGGGGUGCCACCAGAGCUGCAGAUUGCGUUCAUGGCUUCUCUAGCGACUCACUUCAGCAAUCAGAACAGUGGCAUUAUCUUCAGCAGUGUUGAGACCAACAUUGGAAACUUCUUCGAUGUCAUGACUGGUAGAUUUGGGGCCCCCGUAUCAGGCGUGUAUUUCUUCACCUUCAGCAUGAUGAAGCAUGAGGACGUGGAGGAAGUGUAUGUGUACCUUAUGCACAAUGGUAACACGGUGUUCAGCAUGUACAGCUAUGAAACAAAGGGAAAAUCAGAUACAUCCAGCAACCAUGCAGUGCUGAAGUUGGCCAAAGGAGAUGAAGUCUGGCUAAGAAUGGGCAACGGUGCCCUCCAUGGGGACCACCAGCGCUUCUCUACCUUCGCAGGCUUUCUGCUUUUUGAAACUAAGUGAUGAGGAAGUCAGGAUAGCUCCAUGCUAAGGGCGAUUUGUAGGUGAGCUAGGGUUGUUAGGAUCUGAGGGGUGUUGGAGUUGGGCUUCUCUAUGGAGUAUUUAACUGUUACAUUGGUCACACUGCUACUCAUUCUAAUGGCAUACCAAUUAUGUUGGAUACUUUAGGGGCUAGGAAGAAUAGACCACAAGGUAAUAUUCCCAGACGACUUUGGGAAAUACUCAGCAUUUUUGUUACUCUUUACAUCUAAAGGGAUCGCCACCUGAUACAGGUUGGAAAUAAGCGUUCACCUCAAAGAAUGCAUUUGCAAAGAGUUUUGGUGCUCUGUUUAAAUGUAGUGGUGGCUCUGGAGUCAGCCAAGUUUGAGCUCACUGUUCUUCAAAAUAUUUCAGAGACUAGCCUGACUGGGACAGGGCUAGGGCAAGAAUAAGAGUACUUACUUACAUAGGAGAGACACUUCUGAAGUCUAGACUGGGAAAUAGCAUUUGCUUUUGUGGGUUUUAUUCUUAUAUUCAUUAAUAAAAUACAUCUAGUCAUUUCAGAGAACCUUUAAAUAGUACAAUUGUUUACAGUGCUCAGAAAUAAUUGGCUCCUCUUUUAAAAAACAAACAAAUAAAAAAAUCCCAUGUAGAUAAUAUUGAGCUCUACUGGCUUAGACUUUCAGAUAAAAAUUUUUCUCAACAUUUGGCUUGCCACACCUUCUCUUUGCCAUUGCAUUACUGGGGCUGUGGUAGAGCUCUCUUGACUCUGCACAACCUGUUGAGGUAAGAUUAAGUUGAUAUAGUAUAGAUGUUAUCACUUUUUUUUAAAUUUGGGAAUUAUCCCCAAAGUUUUUAUAUACACCAUGUUAUGUUGAAUGGGCUGUAAACUUAUUAAAUACUGGCAGACAAAUGGAUACAAAA